AGGGAAUUUCUUUUUCACUUAAAAAUUCUCAAGUUUUUUGAUUUGAACUAUUUUUUUCCUUUAAUGGCUAAUAUUAGCUUCAUUGUAUGGUUUGUGAGGAUGACUGCGUUGUUAAUUUGUAUGAGUUCAAAACCAUGGUUUGUAAAAGGUGAACAACAGGUGCCCUGUUUGUUUGUUUUGGGUGAUUCUUUAUUUGAUAAUGGAAAUAAUAAUAAUCUGCUCACUACUGCAAAGGCUAAUUAUCCACCUUAUGGAAUUGAUUUUCCUGAUGGUCCUACUGGUAGAUUCACCAAUGGCCGGAAUGUAGCAGAUUUCCUUGCUGAACUGUUGGGUUUCGAUAAGUAUAUUGAGCCAUUCGCUACUGUGAAGGGUGUGGAUAUGUUUAAGGGAGUGAACUAUGCAUCUGGUGCAGCUGGAAUUCUUGACGAAACAGCAAUUCAUAUGGGAGAUAGAAUCAGCUUAAAUAGGCAAUUGCAUAAUCACAACGAGACAAUUUCCCACAUGUCUACUCUACUUGGAAACAAGACCUUAACUAUGGAGUAUCUGAGCAAAUGUAUAUACAUUGUUCAAAUGGGGAACAAUGAUUAUAUCAAUAACUACUUGCUGCCUCAGUUGUACUUGUCGAGCCAUAUGUACAAUCCAGAACAGUUUGCUUCAAUCCUAAUUCAGCAAUACUCAGAACAAUUAAAGACUUUGUACCUUUACGGAGCAAGAAAAGUUGUUGUUUUCGGUCUAGGAGGCAUAGGCUGUGUUCCAUCAGAACUCGAUAUGUAUGGGACAGGGGACUCUGUGUGCAUCAACUCUAUAGAUAGUGCAGUUCGAAAAUUCUCAGACAAGCUUAAACCUAUGAUCGAUGAUCUCAACAGUAAUUUGCCCAACGCAAAGUUCAUCUACAUAAAUUCAUCAAGCAUUGAAGUACCGGAUCCUUCAUCUAUCGGUAUAACAAAACUAAGUGAGCCAUGCUGCGAAAUAUCGGGCACUAUAGGUGAAGGGCUGUGCAAACAUGGAGGAGGUGCAUGCAGUGAUAGAGCAGCACAUUAUUUUUGGGAUGGUUUUCACCCCUCAGAAGCUCCAAAUAAGGUCACUGCUGAAAGAGCUUACACUGCUCUUCAAUCCACUCAUGUCUAUCCUUUUGACAUUAGUCAGUUGGCUCAGCUCUAAAUAAUAUAGACUUUAGGGCUUGUUUAGUUAGGGUUCAAGUUAUCCGGAGAUAAGUCAUUCCACCCUCAACAUGGGAUAAAAGUAACACUACAUUCCCAUAUUCUGAGUUUUUAUCCCUAUCAAAACUAAUCCCGGGAUUAGGCAUGUAUAUAGCUUAUCCAUCUUGUUUGAUGUAAUUGAUCUUUCAAAUAUGAGUCAAAAUUCUCAAUUAGAUCUCAACUUCAUUGCUUUGCACA